UGGGAUAGUUGGCGUUUACUAUUCAGUUUCGGGGACAACUGGACGCGAACGGAUGCGGAUUGCCGGGAUUAGGCUAGACAAUGUUACAAAGUGAGCAGCAAACAUUAUUGUUUGUUAGUCUAAUACAUGUGUGUGCAUACUGCAAGCGCGGGCCCAAGCAAGGCACAGACAACAUGUACGACGGUCAAUGCAAAACUUUCUGGCGCUUGGUUCACAAGUGAACGCAGUUGUAAACAGUAUUGAAUAGGACACCGACAUGCUGGCAACUUAAUUUAUAUCUGUGCCUCUAGUUAACGUUCAAACUGGUGACAGGUGUGCUGACCAUCGGCAUGAGGCUUUCUUCUAUUGUAUUUGGGCAGUAACCUGGCCCAAACUGGUUAUGGAUAAAGUAGAUUCGUCGGCGUGGGCGGCAGGCGCAUCAAGUAGUAAUGCUGCCAGUGAUGGUUCUGCGCGGGCGUCUCCAUCUUCUCCGCCGCGAGGAAAGGGGAACAGUGGCUUUAGCCUUCAGGUGGAACCGGGCCCGUUGCAUGCUUCCCCGGCAGCAGCUGGAGCUGAAACUCACAUUGCAUCAUCGGAGCUGCGACCCGACCCUACCUUUUCCCCCAACGCUCAGCCACCAAUGCACGUGCAUCCUUCGGCACAUGAACGGGCUGAUGGGCGGCAAAGGCAAGGGCAAGGGCCAAUACUACCAGGCGAUCCUCCGACAGCAGACCGUCAGCAGAGCUCCGGACAGCAUUACAGCCAGCAGUUUGGCGCAACCGUGUGGGCCUCGCAACACGAGGAAAUGAACAGCAGUAUGGGCGUGCAUGGCGCUGCAUCCAGUGCAACUGCCGCAUUCGGCAUCUCUAGCUCAACCCCGUCAGCAACCGGACCAUCCAUGGACUCCGCGUCAGCCGUUCCAACGUCGCCACCGCCCGCCACAGCUGGCGUGGAAACCGACCUGCUCUUUGGCUCUCGCAGGAUAACAGUCUCAGGGCCGCCCAUGAGCCACCAGCGAGUAGAACUGUACCCAGAUGGAAUGGUCUUGACUGUAUCCCGACCAGGCCCAGUUGACCCCUCUUUAGGGCGUGGUGACAACAUCCUUAUCGACAACAUGAGCCCGUACAUGGGUGACGCGAACCUCGGCGCCCAUGCCCAACCCGGAUUGCACUGGUCUAGCGCCCAUGGUGCAUUAGCGGCAGCAGCAGCGGGAACAGGAACAGGGGGCAGUCCAGCUACCACGGAGGUCACUCCGCAGACACGAACCCACACGCCGUCUCCGGCUGGGAGCCCACCUCGAUCUGGGUCAGCUUACGUGACCUCACCUGCAAGGCAUGGUCGGCCGGCAUGGCCCUUUGGCGGGUUGGCCGAUGGAACGGCCGUACAUCUCACCACACACCCGUACAGCCCGAUCUCAAACAACACAUCCAUGCAACGCCUUCCCCAGCAUGAGCAACAGCAACCUCAUGGCCACAGCCGCCACCAGCAGGGUGCACCUCAACAGUCGCUGCCACCGCAGCAACCGCGACCCCAGCAGAUGUCUACUGAGCCUUCAACUGAGCGCUCUGCUGCGAUCACGACAGGCACUGAAGGCGAAACCGUGACGCCAUCGCUGAGCACUUCCUCCCGUAGUGCCGUACAUGCCGCGGCUAUCGUACAGCACGAUGCCUCACAGUACGGCACCGCUGUACGGCAUCAUGAUAGCGGCACGUCGUACGGUGCAUCUCCACGUGUCAGCGCAGCGUCGUACCACACAACACCACGUGGCAGCGCAACGCCCUACCAGUAUCUCGGCGCGGCACCUCGGGAUGGCACGACUUCAAACGCCGCAACACCGCGCGACGCCGGCAUGCCGUACAGUACGACGCCGUACACUGCUUCCCCUCAGUUUGGCGCCAUGUCGACGCCUGUGCCCGGGCCAGUUUGGCCGCCGUCACCGUCCGCCCAAGGUGGCGAUGGCGGUGCUGCUGCUGCUGCUGGUGGCAACGCUGCAAGGAUUGCAUCAUCGUCCGGUCACCCGCGACCAGCAACACCCCGGGAAACACCCGGCAGCAGCAGCAGGCUAGACUCCCGUUCGCCUGGUCCCCGCCCGCCCAGCAUGUCCCCGCAGUCACCCCUGUCUCCUCCCGCACAGCGCAGUCCGCCCAGGGGUCCGCCCCAGUUGCCGCCCUCAGUGCGCCCAUCACCCGAGCACUAUGGCUACACCCAGGCAUACGCGUACACCGGGGGUGCUGCUGCUGCUAGCGGCGGCGCCGGCGGCUUCGUACCGCAUUCACCGCCGGGUGGAACGGCCACGCCGCGGCGAUCGCCGUCACCCUCGUCUGCUUCGUGGCUUCCGCAGUCAGGGGGUGCGGCUGCCAGCACUCCGCGCGACGGCUCGGGCGUGUCGCCCUCAGAGCUUCGGAACAAGUACAGGAGGAGCAAGCAGCUCCUGCAGACGUACAUGAAGGAAAUCGACACGCUGCGCACACAGCUGGUGUCUGAGGGCCGGCGCGCGGGUGUGCUUAGCGCCCAUGUGGCUGCACUGCAGGGCCAGGUGGAGAUGGCCGGUGAUAACGUGUCACUACUGGCGUCCACCCAGGCUGAGAAGAUGAUGGUCAUGGAGAAGCUGCGGGAGGCCAGGGAGCUGGUGGAGGCGUUCCAGGGGCAGCUCUCAUCGGCUCAGACCCAGAUCCGCGCCCUGGAGCAGCAGCAGUCCGGCAUGCUAUCGGAGUUUGCGGCGGAACGGCAGCGCAGGGAGGCGCAGUUUGUGGAGGAGCGCAAGAAGCUCGAGGCUGCUCGGGCGGAGGAGCAGGCGCAGCGCAUUGCCUACCUGGCUGCGUUCCAUGAGGACCGCGAGCAGUGGGAGGCAGCAGCCGCAGAGCAGCAGCGGGCAGUCAGGGCGGAGUGCGAGGAGAGGAUGCUUGCGCUUGAAAUUGAGCACAAACGGCAACUGGAGGAGGCCGCAGCUGCAUGCGACGCAGCCGUGCAGGAAGCAAGGGCGCAGGCCCAGGCGGCGAUAGAGGCAGCCGACGCGUCCAUGCAGCAGGCCAGGGCGCAGGCACAGGCGGCUGCAGAGGCGGCAGAAGCAGCAGUCCAGCAGGCACGAGCUGAGGCGCAGGCUCUGGCGGAGGCAGCAGCAAAGGCUGCGGAUGCAGAAGUGAAGCUCAUCAGGGCGCAAGCGCAAGCUGCAAUAGAGGCUGCAGAGGCGGAGGCGAAGCAUGCGAGUGCGCAAGCGGCGGCGAUGGCUGAAGCGGCGGCUAAAGCGGCGGAUGCGGAGGCGAGGUUGGCAAGGGCGCAAGCACAGGCGGCGGCAGACUCAGCAGAGGCCGAGGUGAAGCAUGCUGGGGAGCAUGCGCAAGCUCUAGCCCAAGCGGCAGCCAAGGCAGCGGAGGCGGAGGCGAAGCUCGUUAAGGCACAAGCACAGGCGGCGAUUGAGGCAGCAGAGGCGGAGGCAAAGCAGGCCAAGGCUGCAGCUCAGCUGGCGAUAGAAAGCGCGGAGGCGGAGGCUAGGCAAGCAAGGGCCGAAGCGCAGGCGCUGGCUCAAGCCGCAGCCAAGGCUGCAGAGGCAGAGGCGAAGCUUACCAAGGCCCAAGCGCAGGCUGCGAUUGAGGCAGCUGAGGCGGAGGUCAAGCAAGCCAAGGCAGCUGCGCAGAAGACAGCUGAGGAGGCGGCGGCACAGGUGAAACGAGUGAAAGAGGAGGCGCAAGCGCUAGCAAGGACUGCGGUGGAGGCAGCGGAAGCAGCAGCAGAGGCGGCGAGGGCUGAGGCCAAGGCAGCUGCUGAGGCAGUCCAGGCAGCCCUCCAGCAAGCCAAGGCCGGUGCUAAGGCAGCAGCCGAAGCAGCUGAGGCAACCGCGCAGGAAGCCAGGGCGGAGGCCAUGGCUGCAGCUGAAGCGGUGGUCAAGCAGGCCAAAGCCGAAGCUGAGGCAGCUAUGGAAAAGGCGAAAGCCGAGGUUAAAGCUGCAGAGGCGAUGGCUGCGGCGGCGGAGGCAGCUUUGCAGCAGGCCAGGGCCGAGGCCAAGGCAGCGGCGGAGGUGUCUGCUGCAGCAGGCGCAUCUGCGGUGCAGCAGGCAAGGCUCGAAGCCAAGUCAGCAGCGGCAGCAGCCGAGGCAUCCGUGCAAAAGGCUCGGGCAGAGGCCCUGGCGGCAGCUGAAGCAGCUGAUGCUGCCGUUCAGAAGGCUCGCGCAGAAGCAAGGGCGGCGAAGGAGGUGGCGGCCGCAGCUGAGGCUGUCGUACAGCAGGCGCGCGCCGAAGCCAAGACGGCAAAGGAGUCGGCGGAGGCGACCGUACAGCAAGUACGGACGGAGGCCCGAAUGGCAGUCGCGGCAGCCGAGGCAGCUGCACAAAAGGCCAGAGCAGAGGCUAAGGCGGCCACCGAAGCGGCCGAGGCCGCCGCGCAACAGGCGAGGAUUGACUCCCAUGCAUCAAUGGAGGUUAAGGCGGCGGCGGAGGCAGCCAAGGAACAAGCACUUGCAGAAGUCAAGGCUGCGAAGGAGGCUGUGGCGGCGGCGGAAGCCGCCGUGCAGCAGGUUCGGGCCGAAGCCAUGGCAGCUGCUGAAGCGGCGGAGGCCCGGUUGCUUGAGGUUCGGACAGAGGCAGAGGAGCAGGUGGCCCGGGCGCUUGCGGAGGCCAGGGCCGCAGCCGAGGCCGCUGCCAAGAUGGCCGAGGCGCACGUCCAAGAGGCUAAAGCGCAGGCCCAGGCUGCUGCAGAGGCGCAUGCAGCGGAGCUGGAGGCAGCUGCUAAGCAGCAUGCCGAGGAGGUGGAAGCGCAACAACGGCAGCAUGCGGCUGAGCUGGAUGCGGCUCGACGGCAACACGUGGUCGAGCUCGCAGCCGCACACAGACAAUACGUCGCUGAUCUGGAUGCAGCGCGACGGCAGCAUGCUGCAGAGGCAGAUGAGGCACGCCGUCAGCAUGCCGUGGAGAUGGACGAAGCGCAGCAGCGGCAUGCAAGGGAGGUUGAGGAGCUGCGGACAAGGCAUGCGGAGGAGAUGGCGGAGGUGCGCAGGCAGGGCACGGUGCGAUUGGAUGAGGUGCUUGACCGGCAUGCGGCGGAGAUGAAGGAGGCUCGCAGUCGGCAUGCAGCGCAGGCAGAGGAGGCAAGGGUACGACAUGCGGAUGAGCUGGAGCAGGCGCAUGUACGACAUGCCGCGGAACUGGAGGAGGCGCGUUUGCGGUAUGCCAGGCAGCUGGCUGAGGCAGAGGAGGCAUUGGCUGCCAAGGGAGCUGAGGUACGUGAGCUACGUACCCGGCUGGCGGAUGUGGAAGUGCAGCGCGGCGAGGCUGCUGUGGCUACGAGCGCCAGGGAGGGACAGUUCCAGGCAUUGAGUCGGCAGGUUUCGGAGCUUCAGUCGGCACUUCAGGAACGCGAAGCCCUCCUGAUUUCGGCUCAGGAGGCUGCAGCCGCGUCUCAGCGGGAGGCUGCCCGCCAGCGUCAAAGCCACGCGCAGGAGUUGGAGGAGCUGCACCAGGCGCUGGAAGACGCCCGCACCGCCUCUCGGAAAGCGGCGCAGGUGGCCGCCGAGAGCUCUGCCCGCCUGGCUUCCGCUGAGGAUCGGCUGGAGGAGGCUCCACGCCGGGAGCAGCAGCGGGUUGAGACGGCACUGCGGGAAGCGCAGGAGCAGCAUCGCCAGGAGAUGGCGGCCGUGGUGCAAAAGAUGCAGCUAAGCGCGCAGCAGCAGCUUCUGGAGCUGCGCGCCGCCUCCAGCGCUGCCAAGGAGGCGAUCAGCGGCGAGUUGGAGGUGCAGCUGGAGGCCACUCGGCGGGAGGUGGAGCGCGUGAUGGGGCUGCUGGAGAGCCGCAGUAACGAGGUGUCCUCGCUGCGUGGAUCGCUGGAGGAUGCCUCACGGGAGAGGGACAGGUUGGCUGCAACGGCCAGCGAGUUGCAGGAAAUGCUGGCCAAGGUGCAGCAGCGCAUGGAGAAACAGGAAAAGAAGCACGGCCGGGCGUUAGAGCGAGUGCAGCAGCAGCGUGAGCAACACGUCGCUCGGCUACAAGAGGAGCUUGAGGCUCUGCGGUCAAGCGUGACCUCGCGCGUUGAGCGAGCCCUGCAGGGCUACGCUGCACAAGUGGCCUCCAGCCAGCAAGCGGCGGUGGCGGCGGCGGAGGCCCGGGCAGCCGCUGCAAUGGCAGCGGAGCGUUCCGCAGCGGAGGCGGCGAUGCGGCGCAUGCGGGAACAGGCCGCCGCAGCGGAGGCCGAGCUCCGGCAGCGGUUGGCGCAGGUGCAAGCUGCGCAGACGCUUUGGGAGGAGCAGCGUAGGAGGCUGGAGGAGCGUGCGGCGGCGGCGGAGGGGGCGACUGCGGCGGCGAGGGCGCGUUGUGGAGAGAUUGAAGCGGUGGCACGAGCCUCGGCAGAUGCCGAGACGUCGCUACGAGCGCGGCUGACGGCGACGGAGCGACAGGCGGAAGAGGCGCGGACGGCGCUGAAAGCGGUUGAGCAGCAGCUGGGAGACACGCGGCGGCAGGCGGAAGCGGCACGGAAGAGCGCCGAGGAGCUGCGGGGCGUGUACGGCAUCCUUGCACAGCUGGGCCUGACGGCGUCGGCGGUGGAGGCGGUGGCGGCGGCGGCGACGGCGUCAUCGGGGCCGCAUGCUUCCGGCGUGCCGGUGACGCUAGCGGCGCUGCGGAGUCAACUCGCGGCUGCGUUGUUGCCUUCACACCAGGCGCCGCCGCUUCCGAUCAUGCUGCAACAGCACUACCUGCAGCCGCAUCCGGCAACCGUGGCGUCGUCUUCGCUUGCAGCGGCGGCAGCAGCCUUGCCCGCGGGAAUGGUAGCAGCACCGCCCGCGACUGACAUGAGGCGUGGGGCUGCGAGUGAGGAGAGCAGCGAGAUUCGGGCGCUGCGGCGGCGGCUGCAGACCGCGCGCUUGGAAGGGCUGUCGUACCGAAGGCGACUGGCGGAGGCGGUGCAGCGGGAGCGCACGCAAGAGCGACGGCGGCUGCAUCAGAGAAGGGAGGAGCAGGAGCAGCAUCAACUGCAGCAGCAGCGAAGCCAGCGGCACGGUCGCAGUACCCAUGGUCGAAGUCGGAGUCUAGGGAGAUCUGGAUCGCUUGCUCGUUCUCGAGAUCGGGACCAUGCGGAGCGACGGAGAGACUUGGAAGCGGCGGGGUUGGAUCUGGAAGGAACGGGAACCGACUGGGAGCUGGAUUCUCUCAGGAACCUUGACUUGGGAUCCUUGUCUGAUUUCGACAUGGAUUAUGACUUGGACUGGGAUCGGAAGCUGAGGCGUGGCGGUAGCGGCAGCAGUCGCAGUCGACGGCGGGGCGACAUCGGAUCUGAUUACCCAAAUCCGGAUCACGAUCCUGUGCCGUACAGCGAUGGCGACGCCUACUACUCCACCGGAAGCCCCGGUCAUGGUCGCUGCCGCGACUGGUGGCAUGGAACCCCAAGCGACGACGGCAGCAGCGGGAGCAGCGGCGGCGGCGCCGGCCCCAACCCCAGUCGCCGCCAUCCACCCAGGGGCCGCCCGACGCCAGGCCGACCCGCGCGCCGCGAUCAUGGCAACAGCGGCAGUGGUGCCGGCGGCGGCGGCGGCGGCAGUAACGGCCGCCGGGAGCAUGAUAACGGCCGCAGUAACAGUCACUGGCGCAGUGACGCCGCCGCUGCGGCGGCGGCGGCGCUGCGACUACGUGUACGACAGCUCGCCUUGGAGCUGCGUGCCUGCAGGGCCCGGGAGGAGCAAAGCCUGGAGGCUGUACGGCGGGCCGAUGAGGUGGUGCUGAAGUUGCAUGGAGCAGCGUCGCGUGCGCAGUUGGUACUGGCAGGGGCUCCAUGGCAGCAGGAGCAGCUGUUGGCGGAUGAGCUGUCCAAGGCCCUGGCACGUGCCUCGCGCCACCGGCAGCAAUUAGCUCGAGAACUGCCUGGCCUCUCGCACCGCAAGGGUGGUGACGGUGGCGGCGGGCGGGGCGCAGACAGGGGGACCUCCGACAGAGACCCUGCGUCAGGACUCCCAUCGCAGUCGCCUGAAGCCAACGCGGAACAACAGGCUGCGGCCGCCAAGGCAGCGGAGCUGGCGGCUGCUCAGGCGGAGCUGGCUGCCGCUGCCGCCACGGCGGGCUCCAUGAGGGCGCAGCUGGCGCAGCUGACGGAGGCGCAUGCGGCGGAGCUGGCGGCCACACGGGCCGCCGCGGAGGCUGCCAUCAAUCAGGCUUCCCAGCUGGCAUCGGAGGCUGAGGGCAGCCGCGCGGCGCAGCAGCGGCUCCAGCAGGAGCUGCAGUCACUGCGGCGGCAGCUGCGAGGAUACCGAGUGGCCGUACGGCAGCACAUGGACGAUGUACGGCAGGAGAUUGACCUGGCGAACCUGCCCCAACUGGCGCAUCAGGUCCUGUCCACAACUGAGCGCACGCUGGGCACAUGGACUCUGCGGGAGCAUGACCAAAUCCAGGCCACCCGACGUGCCGUCUCCGGGCUAAAGCGCGAUGCAGCCGAGUGCCGACAGCUGUUGGGGGCGCUCGCAGCCGCUCAGAGAGGACUGACCGUGCAGCAGACCGCGCGCAGCGCUGCGGCGGCUUCGGAGCUCUCAAAGCUGCGAGAGCAAGCCGCCCAGGAGUCCGCUGCGCUGCGGCGGCGCAGCGAGGCGCUGUCGGAGCAGGUGCGGGCGCUGAGUGCGGAGGGGGAGCUGCUGGCGGCCAAGGUGGCGGAGCUGCAGUCCGACAAGGACCGCUCCGAAGCCGCUUGCACGGCAUUCCGGCAGCAGGUGGAGAGCGCGCGGCAGGCGGUGGACGCGGAGCGUCAGGCGCGGGAGCAGUUGGAGGAGCGGUUGCAGGCGGUUGCGGCGCAGGCGGUGAGGGCGGCGGAGGCGCAGCGAGACGCGGCGCAGGCGGCGGCGGAGGCGGCGGCAGGGAGGGCCCUGCGGACGGCCAAGGAGCGCGAGGCUGAGGCGGCACAGAGCCGAGCUGAAUGGGAAUCGCGGUUGCAACGUGAACGCACUCGACUGGAGUCUCAGCUACAGGAGCUGCGGCAGAGCAGCGACGCCGCGGCGGCGGCAGCAGCGGAGCAGCUGCGUGCCGCCACCGAGCAGGCGCAGACGCUAAAGGAUCAAGUGACGCGGCAGGAGGAAGCGCUGGCCGGCAUGCGGGUGGUGUUGAUGGAUGCCGAACAGCAGCUUAGGGAAGCCAGGUUGGCGCUUCGGGAGGCGGAACGACGCGCCGAGGCGGCGGAAGCGGCAGAGUCAGCGGGCGAGGAGCUGCUAGCGGAAGCGCAGCGUCGUGCUGAGGCGGCGGAGGCGAAGCUGGCGGCGGUGACGGGACAGCUGACGGAGUCGCAGAGGAAGGUGGAGGAGGUGGCGGCGGCGCAGAUAGAAGCGGCGCUGCGCCGGACGGAGGCGGCGGAGGCGGCUGCGAAGGCGGCGGAGGCAAGGGUUGAGGAGGCGCGGCUCCAGCGAGCGGCGGCGGAGGCGAGGGUGGCGGCGGUGACGGCGCAGCUGGCGGAGGCACAGCGGGAGGCUGAGUCGGCGGCGAUGGCGGCGGCGGCGGAGCUUGCUGACGCACAGGCUCGUCGCGAUGCCGCCGAAGCGGAAGCCCAGGCAGCGAAGGCGCAGCGUGACGUAUCAGCAACGGAGGCUGAGACGGCUCGGGCGCAACGCGACGCAGCGGCAGCGGAGGCCGAGAUUGCAAAGGCGCAACGGGAUAUGGCACGUGCAGAGGCCGAGACAGCGCGAAUCCAACGAGAGGCAACCGCCGCGGAAGCUGAAAGGUCGCAGGCGAAGGCCGAGGCGGCGAUGUCUGAAGCGGAAGUCUUGCGGGCCGCCCGUGACGCGGCAGCGUCCGAGGCGGCGGAGGCGCUCGCACGCUUUGCGGAGGUCAAGGAGGAGCUCCAGCGGGCGCGCGGGGACUUGGCGUUUGAGCGGUCAGUCGUAGCCAGGCUGGAGCAGCAGCUUGCGAACGCAAGGGAGGAGGUGCGGCUCGCGCAGGAGGCUACGAUGGCGGCGCAGCGGGGCCAGCAGACGGAGCGGGACCGACUGGAGGAGCUCAUGUACGAGUUACAGGCUGCGGAGCGGAGGCUCGAGGCGGCCCGCUCCGCCUCCCGGUUGCAGGAGGAGCGGCUGCUGCAGGAGCAGGCGGAGGCGGACCAGGCGCGUGCGCAGCUGCGGGCCUGCCAGGCGAGGCUGUAUGAGCUGCAGCAGGCUGUUGUGGCCAUGGGUCUUGAUGUGGGUAUUCGUAGCAGCAGUGGAGGCGGGAGCGGGAGUGCGGGAAGUGGGAGCGGGAGCGGGGUGUGGGAUAGCAGGAGGUCAAGCGGCGGAGGGGGAGCAGCAGCGGCGUGGGGCGAGGGAGGAGGAGGAGCAGCAGCGGCUGCAGGCAGGCUUGGUGGCCAGGGGGUGCAAGGGGAGGCGAGCAUGGAGAAUCCCUCGCCGGGGUUUCGACGACCUGCAGAGGUAGAGCGUGUGGGUCGCAUGCGUGGUGUGCAUGCGUCCAUGGAUGAAGAGGGUCGGGCAGCGGCAGCCGAGGCAGCAGCAGCAGCGGCACUGCAUGCGCCCGGUAGCAGCGGCCUAGACAGCGGUGACAGCGGCAGCAUUGGCGAGUGCCUCGAAGGAAGCAGCGGGGAUGGGAGCUACAGCGCGGAUGGUACCUCAUCAAUCCUGCCCGCGGCGCCUCUCGCGGUUGCUAGUGAGCAGCACUUCCAAGUAGCCACUCCCAGGCUUUCCGCUGCAGCUGCUCCUCUCGUCGCGGAUUCUACCAUUACCACCACACACGGCGGAGCUGCGGCGUCGUCGGGACGGGCUGCUUCACCCACAACGUCCACUGCAGCUGCCGCUGCCAUGCCAAGCCCCCCUCCGUCGCAAGUUGGUGUAGUGGUGGUGGUGACUCACACACAACAACAGCAGCAGCAAGGCCAGUUGGAACAGCAGCCGGCAGAGGCACCUCAGGCACCAGUGCUGUCGCCGCAGUCGUCCAGGCCUGCAGUCUCCGCGCCAUCUCAUGAAGGAAAGGAACACCGACGAAGCGAUAAGCGCGGGCGCCGCCGGGCAGCAGCGGGAGCAGCAAGGGCGGCUUCUGGAGGUCCGGUGGCGCAGAUUCAGGCUUUGCUGGCGGAGGUCAGUCAGCAUUGUCAGCGUCUGCCUGCCAUAAACGAGGUCCUCGACCAAAUGCUACUGCCGGUACGAAGCAGUGGUGGCAGCAGCAUUAGCGGAGGUACGGCAAGCGCCAGGAGCAGCAGCGGAGGCAGCUACUACAGUGCCAGCGGCACGCGCGCUGCUGACGGUAGCGGCGGCGGUGUCAGCAGCAAUGCCAUGCGGACCUGCAGCAGCGGAGGCGGAGGCGGUAGCAACGGCGGCAGCGGGAGUGCUGUAACGAGCAGUGGAGGCGGAGGCAGCAACGGCGCGGAUGGAGGCGGAGAUGAUUUCCUAUACACCCCCGCGGCAGCGGCGGCGUUGGAGCAGUUGGUGGGGGUGUUGGGUGGUGCCAUGGCUCUAGUUGCGCAGCUGGAGAAUUCCAUGGCGUCGAGUGCUUCGGAAAGCUCGUUGGGGCAGUCUGCAGCGGCAUCGGAGUCGGCGGACGUUGGGGAAGAGGAGGAAGAGGAGGUUGGCGAGGGCACGGAGCCGGCGGAGAUGGAUGCAGCGGGUGUGCAGGCGGCGGAGGCGCAGGUGGUUGAGGCGGAGCGGGCGUUGAAUCGACACCGGCGGCAGUUGGAGGAGACGCUGAUGCGGGUUGCGGAGGUACGGCGGUUCGUAGCGGAACGCGGGGUGGGUGCCGUGACGGCGGCGGAGGCGGAGGUGCUUGAAAUGGCGACGCUGCAACCCGCGUCUUCCGGCGGCUCGGCUUUGGCAGGGAGGACUGCGUCACGGUGUUUUGACAGGGACAGCGAAGGCGGCCGGAGCAGCGGUGGCAGCAGUGAGGGAGGCGUGGGCGGCAGUGGUGCUGAGGAGGAGGGGUUGAAUAAGCUACCUCAAAAGGAGCCCUCGCAGCCGUUGUUGGAGGGUUCGGCGUCUCUGGUGUACAGCUUCGACGUAGACAACUCGGCGCAGCAGCAGCAGCAGCAGCAGCCGGCAUUCCGCGGCUUUCCAACUGCUCAUGUCGAGAGCCCCCCUCAGCACUCUGAGGACUUCCCGUCACAUCUAUCGCAUCGGGCGCCCUCCCCUCCCCUGCCGCUGCCAGAUUCGCCUCCUCGGCAGGGGGAGCAUCGUCCUCGGGAAAGCGUCGUAUUAGAAGCGGAGCCGUCACUCAGUGGCGAGGAGCUGCUGGUGACCGACGGGUCAGUGGCGACCAGCCGUGCGCAGCACGAUGACGUGCAGCCUCUGCACCCGUCCCCGGAGCCGCAACCCCGCCCACGUCUUCCGCUGCACCUGAAUUUCGCGUCGGUAGAUGGGAACAGGUCGCAACAGUAUCAGCAGCAACAGCAGGUUGCAUUGUUGGCGUCACUGGGUGACUAUCAGGGGCGGCAAGGUGCGCCAUACCAACUACAACGCAGGUCAAGACAAUCGCCGGAACGGGAAUCGGUGUCGCACUCAGAACGGCAGACGGAGCUAGAAGCCAACGCACAUGGACAGCAAGGGUUACAAACAUCACGCGAAUCUCGGCAAGAGUCUUUCCGAGGGGGCCGGACGUCAUCUGGAUCUGGGUCAGAUCGAGAUCGCGAUCGGUCCGCUCGCGACCCAGAUCGGGAGCGCGUUCGUUGGGAGCUGGAGCGCGAGCGGUUAAGGGAUCGGCUACGAGCCAUUGCAGGCGGCGUGGUGUCUCCGCAACCGCCCUCGCCGCUGCAGCAGCAGAUAGGCUCCUUUGCAUUGCGCAGCCUGGGCAGCUCUAGCAGCGGCGACGGCAGCGGCAGCAGCAGCCGCAGGGAAAGCAGCGCCGGCGGCGGCACCAGCUCCAGCGGCAGUGCGAGUAUCGGCAUGGGCCGCAGCGGCGGGGUUGAACCCCUUGCGCUAGGUCACAACCCCCGCCUUGGCUUGGGCAGCAUAAGCGGCCUGGCGGUUCCUGCGCUGUACGGGGCCGACGCGGCUCCCUUCCCAACGCAACGGAGCUCCAAGGCCAACAGCGCACCCAACACGGCCGUGCCCGGCCACGCCUCCUCCCGCCUGCAUGCACCGGCAGCAGCAGCGGGGCAACACGGCAGUCCUGCAGCCGCAGCAGCCCCCUCACAGCCCCUGCAGCCGCUGCCGGUACCUGGCAGCCACAUGCUAGCGGCGAACGCCCCCAGUCGACCAGGCAGGUACACCUCACCGCCGCAGCGGAGGCCCUUCCCGUCGCCUCCGUCGGCUGCGGCAGCAACGGCGGAGGCGGUUGCUAGCUCGGCUCGCGAGGCGUUGAUGGCGCUGCUUGAGCCCCAUGCGCCGCAACACCCGCUACAGCUGCAUCACCAGCCGCAGCAGCAGCAACAGCGGGAGACCUUCCGUACGGCGCCAGCGCCGGUAAGUUCUGCUGCGGUGGCGGCUGCGGCGCCCGAUGCAUGGGAGGACGCUGCGGGCCCGUCGAUGUCGAUGUCAUGGGGCUUAUCUCUCAGCAGCCAUGCGACCGCCUCGUCCGCUGGCGGCAGAGAUGCCUCAGUGCCGUCAGCGGCGGCGUCGACGUCAACGUCAGCACCUGCGCCGGCGGCGGUGGCAGCUGGGGCGACGGCGCCAGGGUCUCAGGAGGGGGGCCGUGUCCGUAACAAGUCUCGGACGUCGGAAGUAAGGCGGAGUUAUGCAGCGUUGCAUUUGGGAAGGGGUCCGGGAAGUGGAUGAUAGUGUGGGGCCAUGCGUAGGAACGGACGCGUUGGGAUAGCAUUGGGUUAGGGACCCUUGGCUGUGUUUUUCCAUAACAACGGCGAUGUGAUUGUAAGGGUUGGGGAGUGGAGGCGGUUUGCCAUGAUGUAUAGCGCGCUGUGAGGGUUGCGACAUGUAGGGAAGUUCAUUACCCUAUUGUCUUGUACAUAUAUCGAUUUCUGCGUACGACAUGUUGCAUCGAGGGGGACUGUACAGCCACUGCAUGCGCUGCAUGUAAUAGACUUGCUGACAGGGGUUUGUGCUCCGUCCUAACCUGUCGACCCUUGUAAGGGUCCUAGCCGGUCUUAGCACUGUUGUCCGUGUCUUAUGCUGCCUAUAGCCCGCAUGCAAAUGCCCCUGUGAACCUUAUGACCUGCGAUUAAGGCAUUGCGCCUCUGCGUGAUAUGUAUAGAUACAACAUGCGUUUUACGGGGAUCGCAGUUGUUGCAUAUGAUCCAUCCAAGUUGCUUAAUGGAGAGCAUAGCCAGGGUAAGCAUACCGUGAACAUGCUACAUGUAUAACAUUGUUCGGCGCUCCCACACACGUGCACGUGACACUACAACUCAGCUACCGUGCAUGGCCUGAUGUGUCGUCGGCCUCAGUCAUAGCACCUCG